UACAGAACAACAAAAUAAAUAAAUAAUAAAAAUAAUAAUAGAUUAACCUCCAGCUUUUCUAAUACCAAAUUAUCAACAAAAAAAAGAUAAUAAUAUUCAAUAUAACAAUAAUUACAACAAAUAAUUUAAUUCAAUUAAAGUAAUAGUGAGUUGUCAUACUUGGAUAUAAAAACCCACUGUCAAAAGUUUAAAUAGAAUUAAAAAAAAAAUAUAUAAAACAAUUGUUUAUAAUUGACAUAUUAUAAAUAAAAUGUUUGAGCGUAAAUUAAAGGCCUUGGAUUAUAUGUACUACGACAAAUUCAAUGGAACCGAUGAAAAACAUUUUCGUAAAUUGGUUGUUUGGCUAGAGGAUCAAAAAAUACGUCACUACACAAUCGAAGAUAGAUGUCAUCUGCGAUUAAUCAACAAUGACAAAUGGAAUGAUACAUUUAACAAAUAUACUGAAGAUCUUGGUUGUCCAAUUAACACCAGUAAUUUGGACAAACUUGAGUGGCUUGUUGGACUUGCUGUUCGUCUUGAGUUUGAGGAUAAUUUACCAAAGUACCAGGUUAAAAAAGAAAUUAUCAAUGAAGCUGAUAUUAUACCAAGUGCUGUAUCAAAAAAUCCACUUGAUAAUUUGAACUUUGAUGAUAAUGAUUUUAAAAAUGGAGUAACAAAUUUAUCAAAAUUAUUGAAUAUACCACAACAUCCAGAUCACCUGGUGACACUUGAAGCAUGUAGAAAUUAUAUAACUCAACGAUUAAAUUCAGCAGCAAUUAAAAAUCCAUCAAGUGUCAUUGUCAAGGGUAAACCUUUUCCAAUUGUUGAAGAAUCAUCGAAAGAUAAAAAAGAAGAUAAAGUAAUGAAACACACAGUUGCUGCAUUGGAUCUUUUGUAUAUUCAAGAUCUUAGAAAUCUUCAGACAAUGAUCAAUGAAGCUAUUGUUGCUGUUCAAAAUAUAACAGCUGAUCCAAAGACAGACACUAAAGCUGGUAAAGUUGGUGUUUAAAAAAUGUAAUUAACAAUAUAAUAUUCUUUUUGAUAAUAAAUAUUUAUUUGCAAUGAAUUUGUUAUGUCAUUGAAAAACAUCAAGGAAUGUUAAUAUUAUUUUUUUUAAUAAAUUUAAAAUAUGAAAAUAUUGCAUAAAAGUUUAAAAUAAUUAUAUUAUUUACAAUAGAAAUGUGAUUGUUGUCAAUUUAAAAUAUCCAUUUAAUAAUUAAGUUGAGGUAUUGUGAUGUGAAAAAAAAAAAAAGAAUGUAUUGAUGCACUUUAUGAUAAAGUA